AUGAAUCGCGGGAAAUAUCGGUGCGAUUAUAACGGUUGCGGCAAAACAUUUACUUGUCCGCACGCCCUCGUAAUCCACCGGCGCUCACAUACCGGCGAAAAGCCAUUCAAAUGCGACGGCGACGGAGGCAACUGUGCGGCGAGUUUUUCGUCAAAAAACGGCUUAACUUCUCAUAAACUCAACGUCCACUCAAACCGCAGGACAUUUACGUGCGAUGCAGACAAUUGCGGCAAAAGUUUUAAAUCAAACGCCAGACUACGUGCCCAUAGAGGGGUUCACUCGGCCGAGAAACGGUACUCACACAACAAAAAACAACUAAUUAUGUCACAACUACUGGUGCUGUCACUGUUAGGUCUGUGCGCAUUGGCCAUUGUCACGGCCGACGAGGGGGGUCACCAUAAGGGCGGUCACGGCGGCGGUGGACGCGGGAAGGGCGGGCACGGUAUGAUGAACCCGUUGAUGGGCACCGGGAUGGCCAUGGAGCUAAUGCAACUGGGCAAGGACUCGGAAAAUAUAUGCACCGACGCUAAUAUGGUGGACACUAAGCUGGACACUUUCCGUGAGGAGACGGCUAAGUGCGGGGCCGCUAACGACGACUGCGAUAAGGAGGCCGAGGACGUGACGAGUAAGGUGACCAAGGUGGAAAAUAAGAAAGUGGUCAAGUUCCUGUGCAGCAAGAAGUACACGGAGUGCCAGAAAAAGAAGAUGGAGGAGAUGAAGAAAUUGUGGCAGGCUCAUAAAAAGGGUGGUGACGGCGAUGAAGAGGGAGGGGAGGGCGAGGCGGCCGAGGGGGCCGAGGAGGCCAAGAAGAUGAAGGCCGAGUGGCAGAAGAAGAAGAAGGCGUAUAAGUGCACAGACCUUAACUCUACGGUCAUACAAAUGAAGGGGUCACCACUAAUGCCGGUGCCGUGUCUUAUAAACUUAUAG